CGACUGUGAAAGAAAACGAAACUGAAUCCUAUCAGGGUUUGUUGUAAAAUGGCAGAAGUCAGUGUUGCAAUGGAUCUGAGUCAGUUUAGCUGUCCAAUCUGUCUGGAUCUACUGAAGGAUCCAGUGGCUAUUCCCUGUGGACACAGUUACUGUAUGAGCUGCAUUAAGAGCUGCUGGGACCAGGAGGAUCAUACUGGAGUUUACAGCUGCCCCCAGUGCAGACAGACCUUCAUACCCAGACCUGUUCUGAACAGAAACACCAUACUGGCUGAAGUGGUGGAGAACCUGAAGAAGAUUGGAUUACAAGCAACUACUCCCACUGACCAUUAUGCUGGACCUGGAGAUGUGGAGUGUGAUUUCUGUAAUGGGAGAAAACACAAAGCUGUCAAGUCCUGCCUGGUGUGUCUGGCCUCUUACUGUGAAACUCACCUCCAGCCUCACUAUGAAUCUCCAGCUUUUAAGAAGCACAAGCUGACUGAUGCCACUGGACACCUGCAGGACAAGCUCUGUUCCCACCAUGAGAAACUCCUGGAGGUCUACUGCUGUACCGACCAGCAGUGUAUCUGUUAUCUCUGUACGAUGGAUGAACACAGAGGCCAUGAUACAGUCUCAGCUGCUGCAGGAAGGGCGGAGAUACAGGAACAAAUGGGUGAAAAACAGAGGGAAUUUCAGCAGAUAAUUCAGAUGAGAGAGAAGGAGCUGCAGGAGCUGAGAGAGGCUGUGGCCUCAAUCACAAGCUCAGCACAGUCAGCAGUGAAGGACAGUGAGAGGAUCUUCACUGAGAUGAUCCGCUCCAUUGAGAGAAGACGCUCUGAAGUGACACAGCUGAUCAGAGAUCAGGAGAAGGUUGUAGUGAGUCAGGCUGAGAGAGACAUGGAGAGACUGAAGCAGGAGAUUGAUGAACUGAAGAGGAGACACUCUGAGCUGGAGCAGCUUUCACACACAGAGGAUCACAUCCAUUUCCUCCAGAAGUACCAAGGUCUUCCUGUCACUCCUGAGGCUGGAUUUGGACCCAGAAUCUCUGUCUAUCCACGCUGCUCUUUUGAGAACAUGAGGAAGGUGGUUUCUGAGCUGAAGGAUCAACUGGAGAAUGUUUGCAAAAAAAAAAUGGCAGAGAUUCAUCAUACAGUUACCAAAGACACCGUCCUACCAGUAUUAGUGCCCACGACCAGAGCAGAAUUCUUACAAUAUUCCUGUCAGCUCACUCUGGACCCCAAAACAGCAAACAGACACCUCCACCUGUCUGAGGGGAACAGAGUGGUGACAUGGAAGACAGAGACACAGUCAUAUCCUGGUCACCAGGAGAGGUUUGACUCACGCCUCUAUGUGCUGUGUACAGAGGGUCUGACUGGGUGCUGCUACUGGGAGGUUGAGUGGAGUGGGACUGGGACUGGUAUAGCCGUCACAUAUAAAGGGAUCAGCCGGAAAGGAGAGGGUAAUGACAGUUGGCUUGGAUUCAAUGACAAGUCCUGGUGUUUGUACUGCUAUCCCUCCAGUUACUCGUUCCGGCACAAUAGAGAGAAAACUGCAGUAUCUGGCCGCCCCUCCUCCAGGAUAGGAGUGUACCUGGAUCAUGGGGCAGGAACUCUGUCCUUCUAUAGCGUCUCUGACACAGUGACCCUCCUGCACAGGGUCCAGACCACGUUCACUGAGCCCCUCUAUCCUGGGUUUUAUGUCAACAGUACAGUCAAACUGUGUCGAUUAGGUUAACAGGCAAUUACAUUCAUCCCAGCACAAUUAACUAAAUGACUACAAUGAAACAUGACUACUGGCGGUGACCUGUUUGCUGCCAGCUGUGUGAAAUACAGAAUUCAUUUCAUCCCAGUGAACCAUAAAACUGCACUGUUGACAGAUAUCUUAGUGUGAUAUUAGACAAAAGUCUAUUAGUUAUCGAUCAAAUUUUAUGAUGCAGAAAUAUGGAGACUCAAGCAAAAAAAAAAUAUCUUAAAGUAGCUGAAUUAAAAAAAUAAUACCAAUUGCCCAAUUUUUGCUCAGCUAGUUGUAUCUCUUUUCUCCGCACUUCCACGUAACUUCCGAGUUAGAGGCGGUGCUUGUGGUCAACCACAGCAAGCUAUCAAUGUAAGCGCCUCCCCAGUAGUUCAUUUUGGUAGAAAAAGUACCUAACCUGGAAUAGGUCCUAAAAAAGAAAAGGGUUCCAGCACUACCUCCACAGAAUUGCAGUCGGUUCCUGUAGUGUGAACAGAACAAAAGUUUCCUGUACUGGAAAAAGGUUCUGGUUCUGGAAAAAUGUUCCUACGGUGUGAAAGUGCCAAAGGUGACCUUACUGGAGCCAAACCCCUCUCAGAUCCAGGUCUCCUCCCGAGAAACCUUCACAGUCCCGGUUCUCAAACUCUGGGACCACAGCUGUGAGGACUGAUCCAAUGGGACAAACUCAGAACAGACACGACAAGGUGAUUAACAGGGCUGGAGCACAAACUAACCACAUGGAUACAGAACCAGUGACUGAACCAGGGCUGCAAGAAACACUGGACUUAACUACAAAGAGGUGAUUGUUCCAUUGGUUGCAGGUGUGUUGCCAGAAACUCGUUAAAACAGUUGGAGGAGCAUGGUGGAACCGCUCAAUGGCGCCCUCAGCUGGCUGGUGGCGUAACGAUCUUUUGUGGAAAAUGAGGAAAUAAUAAACAUGAAAGUAAAUAUACAAAAAUAAUACUGGUGCCUUAUAUUAUCCAUAUCAGUUAUUCGUAGGUGGAAAUAAAAUAUUUUAGACAGCCAAAUUUUAUGUAAAAUUUUAAGAUUUGUUAUAUACGAGUUACGUUAAAUAAUAACGAUGGGUUUAUUCAGCAAAUUGCUCAGAAUAAUUCCUUGUAUCAAAUGCAAUUGUUCUGUGAAAGAAUGUUUUUUUUACAUGAUGAUUUACUUUUUUGGUGCGAUUAAAACCAGUAUAAAUUUAUUCAUGCUUUUGCCAUGUACGGUACCUAUAUGAACAACUAAAUUAUUAUUUUUGUGGGGAUAAUUCUGAAGUCUUAAAGUCAUUUAUGUAUUGUAUUUGUAAAACCAACACAUUAAUAAAAUGUAUUGGUAUA